GCUCUGUGGAGAGGAGAGGAGUGUGAGCGUAACAAGUGGGACGAGUCUACAUCAAUUGCCUUUGCGCUUCCAACAUCCUGAACAUCUGAAGCUUUGUGCAAUGUAAGCACCUCGGAGGAGGUUCAGAAAAGAGCAAUGGGAAGAGAAUUUCAUCUGUUUCUCCAAAGGGACACAGGCAUGCCCCCAGUUCCCUCCUCUGCACUUAUUUUCUUCGCAUUAUUAGUCACUGGGAUAUCUGGAGAAACACAAGUGCAGUUUGCUGGACAAACUGAAUUUUUUGUAAAUGAAACUGCGACCACAGUCAUACGUCUGGUAAUUGAAAGGACAGGAGACCCCGUAAACAUCACGGCAAUAGUCCUGCUACAAGAGGAAAACACAGGAGACUUUAUAGCUACUGCUGCUGCUGCGUUCAUACCCGAAUGGGAGAAGAAUCGGACGGUCUAUAUUUCUAUAUGCGACGAUGACUUGCCAGAGGCAGACGAGACAUUUCAUUUCUUUUUGAUAUUACAGAAUCCCCCACUAAACACACAGCUAGGACCCCAGAAAGUUGCCACUGUCACCAUACUGUCCAACGACAAUGCCUUCGGGAUCAUCUCUAUCAAUAUGUCAUCAUUCAUCACAGUGAAUGAGCCAUGGGGUAGAGACCAGUCCUUGCCUGUCACACUUCUGAGAGAGAAAGGCACUUACGGAAGCGUGACCGUGACUUUUGAGAUUGAGGGAGGUCCCAAUCCAGCUGAUGAAGAUCUAAUUCCAGCUAAAGGAAACGUCACAUUCCUCAGUGGGAGGUCAAUCUUCAUUUACAACCUGACAGUUCUAGAUGAUCAGAUACCUGAAAAUGAUGAAAACUUUACUUUAAGACUUACACAUGUAUAUGGCGGCGCAGAGAUCAACACUUCAAAGAGCAUGUUGCAGAUCAAUAUUAGAAAAAAUGAUAGCCCAGUACGAUUCAGUCAGAGCACUUACAUGAUACCUGAGACAGAAGAUGUGAUAAGUAUCCCUGUGAUUCGUGGAAGGACUCUUAAUGAUGUAGUUGUUGGAUCAGAUGAUUCCGUAGUGUCCAUCAAAUACAGAGUCAUAACUGGGAACUCAACAUCUAGCGCACAGCUCAGAAAUGACUUCUUAGACCUUCAGCCAAACAACACAAUAAUAUUUCUUCCAGGGGUCCAGGAGAUUGCACUAAAAUUUCAAAUAAUUGAUGAUGCAAUCCCUGAAAUAGCAGAGUCUUUUCAAAUUGUUUUGAUGGAGGAAUCCCUACAAGGUGACGCCGUUUUACAAUAUCCAAGUAUUGUCUACGUCACCAUUGAACCUAAUGACAAACCCUAUGGAGUUUUGUCUUUUAACAGUGCCAUUCUUGCACAGAUAGCAACUAUUGAUGAAGAUAAAGUAUCAAGAUAUGAUGGAAUAACUAUAGUGAGAAAUGGAGGGACACACGGCAAUGUUUCAGUAAGAUGGGUCAUUAAGCGGAACAGCAGUGAUGUAUCACCUGUGACCACCGACAUCCUGCCCGAUUCUGGAGAACUUAAGUUUUCACAGGGGCAAAUGAUGGCAACAGUUCCCCUCACAAUUGUAUCAGAUCUUGUUCCUGAAGAAGCUGAGGCAUAUCUGUUCCAGAUCUUUGCAGCUCAAGGUGGAGCAGAACUUGGCUCUCCAACAGAGCUUCUGUUCUACAUCCUAGACAGUGAUGAUGUAUACGGUUUGAUUCAAUUUCAUGCCAUACAAGAGCAGAAAAUUGAGAGCAGUCCUGAGGGGCGAUACUUGACCUUGAGUUUUCUGAGGCAAGGUGGAACCAGAGGAGAUGUGAGAUUAGUUUAUGAUGCAUUGUACAUCCCGGCUGGACCAUUGGAUCCUAUGAGAGCAAAAGACAGAGUCCUCAAUGUUUCAUCAAGAAACAGUGUUAUAUUUGAAGAGUCGAGAUCAGUUAUUACAGUCCAAUUGUCAAUAAGAAACGAUGCAUUUCUCCAGAAUGGGGCUCAUUUUCUUGUACAGCUGGAAUCCACUGACCUGCUGAGACCCAGCCCCCUAGUGCCGCCAUUAAGCCCGAGACUUGGAGCGCCGCAAAAUGUUUCAUUGAAAGUUACUCCUGACAUUGCAAAUGGAGAAAUUGGAUUCACAAGUAACCUGCCAAUAGUUGUCUCAGAGCCGGAGAAUGUCUCCUAUAACGUGGUGUCGAUUGUGCUACAUCGUGAUGGAACAGGCGAUGAUGCGGUUGUAUAUUGGAGCAUCAAACCCUAUGGCGUCAAUAAGAAUUCCAUCACUCUCGACGAUUUAAGUCCCUUCAAUGGAUCUGUGACUUUUUUAUCUGGACAGAAUACGACAGAGAUAAAUGUCACCAUUAAAGCCGAUGAUUACCCCGAAGUCAAUGAAACUGUGAUCAUAUCAUUGGACAGGGUCAGUGAAGAAAAUCAAGUCCUCAAGUCUGGAUUUACCAGUUGCGAACUUACAAUACUGGAAAAUGACAACCCGGGAGGCGUGUUUGAGUUCUCCCCAUUUUACAGAGGACCUUAUAAUGUAAAAGAGGGAGAUUCUGUUGAACUUAGAAUUGCUCGAUCCAAAGGGCUUCUUGUUAAACAGUUCCUGCGGUAUACCAUUGAGCCAAGGGACAGCAAUGAAUUCUAUGGAAACACUGGGAUCCUGGAGUUUAAGACUGGUGAAAAAGAGAUUGUAAUUACAUUGUUAACAAGGAUGGAUGGGGUACCAGAGUUAGAGGAGAUGUACUCGGUGGUGCUGAGCAGUCAUGGAGAGUUUCCCAUCACACUAGGGGAAGCCAUAAGAGUCAACAUAACCAUCUUAAAAAAUGAUGACCCACAUGGAGUUAUUGAAUUUGUCUCUCCUGGAAUAGUCAGAAACAUAAAUGAAAGCAAAGAAAAUGACAUUCACUAUGCUGCAUUUGAUGUCAUGAGGCGACAAGGCAGCUUUGGCGCCAUUAAUGUGACAUGGACUGUAAGCCCAGAUUCCACCCCUGAUGUUUACCCCUCACAUGGCGUACUGCAGUUUAAAGAUGGGGAAACUGUGAAGACAAUAACCAUUUCAUCGACUCCAGACGAGAUUCCAGAGGAGAAGGAAGCAUUCACUAUAACCAUUUUCAACCCCACGGGUGGUGCCAGGAUGGGAAACGUCACCACAGCCACACUGGAAAUAAAAAAAAAUGAUGAUGCCAUUUUCUUUGCAGAACCAGUUGUUUUAUGGGUUAAUGAAGGUGAGAGUGCAAACCUCACUAUUAUGCGGAAUGGAUCAGCUGAUUUUAUCUCUUCUGUCGCCUAUGCAACUUUCAGUGGAACAGCUAUUGCCGAGGAAAGAGAUUUUACUCCCGUUUCUGGAGACAUACUAGUGUUUGAAAUUGGCCAAAGAAUGUUGAAUAUAGCAGUAAAGACAAAUGAAGAUGAUGCACCAGAGACAGAUGAAUACUUUUAUGUAUGGCUUUUUAACUGUACAGGAGACACUGUGGUGAGUGGAAAUGGAAAUGCCACAAUAAUUAUCAAGGCUAAUGACGACCCCAAUGGAAUAUUCUACUUUGAAUCCAUUGAUAAAACUGUAGAAGAAAGUGGAAGUAAUCAGUUCAAGGUGCUGCGAGACAGAGGACAUUUUGGCAGUGUUUUUCUGCACUGGCAGAUUAUGCAGAAUGGAUCGGUUUUACGGCCAGGCCAGGAAUUUAAUGAAACAUGGGGCAUUCUCUUGUUUAAUGACCAAGAUGCUUUUAGAUAUAUUACUCUCCAUGCAAUUUCUGAUCAAAUUCCAGAGUUCAACGAGUUCUAUGUUUUAAAGCUGAUAAAUAUUUCCGGGGGAUUUCCAGGCCCAGGCGGUCAGCUGGCAGAAACAAAUCUAAAUGUGACAGUGAUGAUUCCUUUUAAUGAUGAUCCAUUUGGAGUAUUUGUCAUUGGGCCAGAGACACAGAAUCAGGAGGUGGCUGAAGAUGUCAUAUCGGUAGACGAUAUGAGAUACAUCAUCAACAUCUCCAUUUGGAGACGUCAGGGUACAUUUGGAGAUGUUCGCAUUGGCUGGGAAAUUUACUCCACAGGCUUCAAAGUGGGCCUACCUCCUAUGGUGGAUCUCUUGCUUAUUGCCUCAUUCCCAUCUUCUGUGCAGUUGCAACCGCAUAUGCGCCGACACCACAGUGGAACAGAUGCCUUGUUCUUCAGUGGCAACGAAGGUGCUUUUGGAGUGAUUGAGUCCCAGUAUUAUCAUAGUUUAAAUACGACUCUGACAAACUUUACCUUCUCAGCAUGGACCAUACCCACCAUUAACACCAAUGGAUUUAUCAUUUCAAAGGACAAUGAUAAUGGGACAAUGUAUUAUGGUGUGAAAGCUGAAACCAAUGACUCUUAUAUCAUGAUCCUGCUAUACUAUGUGACCUUUGGUUCUGAUACUACUUUUGUGGCUAAAGCAGGAAUUUCAAAAUUUAUGGAACAAAAUGCUUGGACCCAUAUACUGAUUACAUUAGAUGAUGGAUUUAUAGAGUUUUAUAUUGACGGAAACCUUGUCCCUGGAGGAGUGAAAAGUCUGAAAGGAGAAGCAAUACUGAAUGGUCCAGGAACAUUGCGUAUUGGUGCAGGAGUAAAAGGAGGCAGCAGAUACACCGGCUUUCUCCAAGAUGUGAGAAUAUAUGAACAACGACUUUCUCGAGCAGAGAUUACUGAACUUCAUGGCACUCCAGCCAGAAGUGAUCUACACCCAAUAUCUGGCUAUUUGGAAUACAGACAGGGAGAAAUACAUAAGUCAUUUGUUGUGUCUGCCAAGGAUGACAAUGAGGAAGAAGGAGAAGAAGUCUUCAUGCUAAAACUGGUGUCUGUGUUUGGUGGAGCAAGAAUUCCAGAUGAGAACACAACAGCCUUAAUAAGGAUCCUAAAAAGUGAUAAUGCCAAUGGCUUGUUCGGCUUUACUGGACCAUGUAUUCCUCAGUCUUCAGAGGAGGGGUCUACCAUCUCAUGUGUUGUGGAACGCACACGAGGAGCACUGGACACUGUUUAUCUCUUCUACAGCAUUAGUCAGACAGAAUCUGAUGGCCCAGUAGUUGACUUCAGUACAAGCAGUGGAAAUAUCACUUUUCUACCAUCUCAGAGAUCAAAGGUGUUAAAUCUGGAUGUUCUAGAUGAUGAUAUCCCAGAACUCAUGGAGAAUUUUCGAGUGACUCUCACACAUGCCAUAUCUGGUGAUGGGAUACCUGGGUCUACUCCUACCAGCGGAGCCAGCAUAGAUCCCAAUAAGAAAUCAGAAGAUAUUAGAAUUAAUGCUAGUGAUCACCCUUAUGGAUUACUUCAGUUCUCUGUGGACCCUCCUCCAAGACCAGGUGAUAACAUGACCAUUCCCUCAAAAUCUGUUCCCUCUAUAAAAGUCAAGGAGGAAGUAGGACAAGUUAAGCUGCUGGUGGUACGAGCUCAAGGACUUUUGGGCCAUGUAAGAGUUGAAUAUAGGACAUCUCCAAUGACUGCAUUCAGUCCACAGGACUAUCAGGAAACAGCUGAUUUUUUGGAAUUCCAGCCUGGAGAGCGAUAUAAAUACAUUUAUGUUAACAUCACUGAUAAUGUUGUACCUGAACUGGCCAAAUCCUUUAAAGUUCAGCUGUGGAAUGCUGAUGCUGGAGUGGCUGAACUCUUUAGGGACGAUGCGUUUGGUAGUGGUGAUGGUGAACUGGAGCUGUUCCUUCCAGCUGUACAGCAAAGGGCUAGCCUAGGUAUUGCCUCGCACAUAAUUGUGGUCAUUGAAGACUCUGAUGAUGCUCAUGGUGUGUUUGAAUUCAGACGAGAUUCUUUGUUCAUGAACGCAACUGAGCCCGAAUCUGGAUACAGCGCUGUUUCAUUUCAGGUUUUACGUCAUCGCGGUGCCUUGUCUUUGGUGUUUCUGUUUUGGAGAAUAGAAUCUGACCUAUUUGGAGACUUGGCUUUUACAUCUGGAAAUGUAACAUUUCAAAUAGGACAAAUGGAUGCAAAUAUUACAGUUUUUGUGUCUCCUGAUGAUGUUCCGGAACUGGAUAAAGAAUUUUCCAUUGUAAUCACUAAUGUUUCCAGUGGACGACUGGGGAAUUUUACCAGUGCUUCACUUACCAUUUUUGCCAAUGAUGACCCAUAUGGUCUUUUUAUAUUUUCCGAACUUAAUCGGCCCAUGAAAGUUGAGGAAAAAAAUCUCAAUGUUUCAUUAACAGUAAAACGAUUAAGUGGACUGAUGGGAUCGGUCAUGGUUUCCUAUCAAACUAUUAUGGACUCUGAAACAUUUUCAUUUUUCCCACCGAAUAUUGCAAGAGCCACUCAAUGGAAAGACUACUGGCCCAUCUAUGGAAGUGUUCUUUUUACAUCAAAUAUCAGUGAAGUCAAGAUCUUUCUCCCAAUUUUGGAUGACAAUGAUCCAGAGAGAUCAGAGUCCCUAUUUGUUGAAUUAUUCAAUGUCACAUUAGUAGAAAAAAUGCAAAGUCGCCCUGUGCUUAAUUCCCCCCGCCUUGGAUCGAAAAGUGACACGGUCGCACAUGUCAUUAUAAAUGCCAGUGAUGAUGCAUUUGGAGUCCUUCAGCUUUCUACCACCUCUGUGCGCAUUGCGGAAAGUUAUGUUGGGCCAAUAAUUAACGUCACUAGAACUGGCGGGAUGUUUGCUGAUGUCUCUGUGAAAUUUAAAGCAGUGCCAAUAACAGCUACAGCCGGUGAAGAUUACAGUGUAGCUUCAUCAGAUGUAGUUUUACUUGAAGGAGAAACAAGCAAAGCGGUGCCAAUAUAUAUCAUCAAUGACAUCAACCCUGAAGUGGAAGAGUCAUUCCGCGUCAUAUUGUUAAAUGAGACGACGGGGGGAGCAUUUGUAGGAGACAUAACAGAAGCUAUCAUAGUUAUUGAAGCAUCUGAUGAUCCCUAUGGCUCUUUUGUUUUUCAGGUGACCUCUAUCUCUGUAGAUGAGCCUGACUUCAAUACAGUUCCUGUGAAUCUGACAGUAAUUCGGAAUGCUGGCACUCUUGGCAAUGUUGUAGUUCAAUGGGUCGCUACCGUCAAUGGAAAGGUCGCCGCAGAUGACCUCCGAGUGGCAUCUGGUAAUAUUAGCUUUGCUGCUGGGCAAACUGUUCGGACCUUGUUAUUAGAAGUCAUGCCAGAUAACGUUCCUGAAAUUGAAGAGGUUAUUCUAAUACAGCUCACAGGGGCCUCAAAUGGAGGAAUCAUUGGACAGGAAGGAGUGGCUAAAAUCGUUAUUUCACCCAAUGACAAUCCCUACGGAACCAUUUCAUUUGACAAGACAGUGUACAAGAUUCAGGAACCAUUGGAGAAAAGUUAUUUUGCAAAUAUUACCAUCAGGAGGAGUGGGGGGCGAUUUGGCCACUUACAGUUACUAUACAGUACUAAUGAGUUGGAUGUGGUUGGUCUUGCAGUUGAAGAAGGACAGGACAUGUUGGCUUAUUAUGAAUCUCCAUUCCCAGCAGUCCCAUUGGUGUCUUCAAGAAUUGCUGUGAAUGUUUCCUUAGCCAGAGACCCUCUUCAGGCCUGUGCCAUCGCAUGUCUUAAAAACCAAGUAUGCUCCUCUUUUUCUUAUAAUAAUGCCUCCGGCAGUCUUCAGUGUUUCUGGUUAACAGCGCUAUCAUAUCAGCUUGAGAACAGUACACAGUUCUGGACCUAUAAGAAGAACAGUACCAGCGUGUCAGUGCUGUUUGGCUCUCAAGCCAGAGCCGGGAGCGAUUAUGAAACUGUUACAGGACAGUGGUUCACAAUGCAGGAAGGAGAAGAGUUUGCAAAUAUUACAGUUUCAAUACUUACCGACGGUUUUCCAGAAUUAGAUGAGCAAUUCCUUGUGUCAAUUCUCAAAGUCAGGUUGCUGGACAUUUCUGUCAGCGUAAAGAAUCAGCCAACAAUAGGUCAGCCAAACACAUCAGUGGUGGUGAUCAUGAUGAAUGGAGAUGCCUUUGGCGUGUUUGCCAUUUACAGUCGAAGUCCAAAUGCCACUGAUGGGGGGCACUAUGUGGAAGUACAAGAACAACCGCAUACAAUGGUUCAGCUGGUAAUAGAGCGCCGAGAAGGCAGUCUAGGACAAGUGAUGGUUGAGUGGGGUGUCAUUGGAGGAACUGCAUCCAUAAAUGAAGAUUUUAUAGCAGAUGGAGGACUGUUAGUCUUCACUGAAGGUGAAACAAGCAAAAUGGUAACGGUUAUGAUAUUGGAUGAUACAAACCCUGAGGACAGUGAAAGUAUUGUAGUUGGGCUGACGCAUACUGAAGGAGGAAGCCGUAUUCUUCCUAGCUCCAACACAGUCACCAUCGUCGUUUUGCCAAAUGAUAAUGUUGCUGGCAGGAUUGGUUUUCAAACAGCAUCAAGGUCGGUCAUUGGUCGGGAAGGUGAAAAACUGCAGUUCCAUGUGUUACGGACUCCGCCUGGACGAGGCAAUGUGACUGUUCAAUGGAAAAUUAUCGGACACCAUAUAGAGCUGAACUUUGGAAACAGUACAGGAUUUAUUUUCUUCCCAGAUGGGACACUGAACACAAGUUUUACUGUUCAUCUGCUAGAUGAUCAGAUUCCUGAGGAGAGAGAAGAGUAUCAAAUUGUCCUACACAAUGCCAUAACUCAAGGUAUUUCAGGCCCUGGUGAGGCUGUUCUUGAUGAACAAGGAUAUGAAGCAGUACUUACUGUGGAAGCCAGCGAUGAGCCACAUGGACUGCUAAAUUUUGCUCCCUCUUCAAGGACUGUGCUAACUCAAGAAGCAAAUAAAACCAUUCAGCUAUUUAUCAACCGAGAAUAUGGAUCCUUAGGAGAUAUUAAUGUCACUUACACCACAUCUGUGACGCAUGCCCCGAAUGAGACCAGUAUGCUCCCAGCAGAACCAGGCCUCGACUACAUUGGCACAUCUGGAUCUCUGAUCAUUUUAGAUGGGCAAACAACUGCGGCCAUUAAUGUGACUAUUUUAGAGGAUGAUAUACCAGAACUCCAGGAGUACAUCUUAGUUACUCUAGUGUCUGUGGACCUGACUGUGAAGGUAGUGACAACCUCUCCUCCACGCCUAGAUGCUGAAGGUUUGACAGCCCAGAUUAUUAUUGAUGCAAAUGAUGGGGUCCAAGGAGUUAUCGAGUGGCAGAGGACAAGCUUUGAAGUUAAUGAAACCCAGGGUAUAUUGACCCUUGUAGCUUAUCGAAACAAAGGAACCUUUGGAAACGUGUCAUUGUUUUUCUACGCACAGAAUAUAGGCGCUCUGUUAGGAAUGGAUUAUAAUGUUUCCUCAACGAUUUUAAAAUUUGCUGAUGGAGAAAAAUACAAAUUUAUUGAUGUAAUUAUCAACGAUGAUGAUAUCCCAGAAGGAGAUGAAAGUUUCCAACUGAUACUUGCAAAUCCUUCCCAUGGACUGGAGUUGGGCAAGAAUACAACAGCUACUGUUACAAUCCUUGCCAGUGAUGAUGGUCAUGGUGUUAUAUAUUUUAACAACACUGAGCACUUCUUCCUGAGGGAACCCACAGCACUGUACUUGACGGAGAGUGUUGCAGUGCUCUGUAUUAUCAGGGACCCUCCACAAGGAAUAUUUGGGACUGUAACCGUCCAGUAUUUUAUCACCGGAGAGAAUGGGUCCGAUGCUUCUGGUGAUCUGAGUCCUACAGAAGGCUAUGUCAUACUAGAAGAAGGAGUGAGGUUCAAGACCUUGGAAAUUGCUGCAGUGCUGGAUGAGGAACCAGAGAUGGACGAACAUUUUACUGUCACGCUGCUUAAUCCCACAGGGGGCGCUAGACUUGGCACUAGAAUCCAUACAGCGAUAACUGUGCUCCAAAACCAAGCACCUCAAGGACUGUUCAGCAUCUUCCCCACAAAUAGGAGAACAAGUUCUUUAACAGUUGAGGAGAACAAUGUGACGGUCUAUCUAAAAGUGUCCCGAAGCAAUGGCCUGAACAUGUCUGUGAGCGUGGAAUGGGAGACGGUCUCAGGGAGCGCCUUUGGCAUAAAGGGUCCCUACUCUGUGCUGUCUGUUUUGCAAAGUUUCCCGAAUGAGUCAUCUUCUACUUGGUGUUUCUUCUCUCACGAUGAAGUAAAAUAUGGUGUUUUGCUGAAAAAAUAUUCUGCAACAAACUCUACUUGCACAGUCUAUGAAUGGCGUGGCGUAUUUAUAGCUAUUCAGGACCUUGUCAUUGAAAACCCCGUGCAUUGUGCUGCUUUUCCAACCAGUGACUCUCAGGUUGUUGUUAUUACAAGUGGAAUUGGUAAUCGUCCUUCGAAUAACAAGGUCUAUACAUUCACUCGCAAGAAUGGAUUAUUGCUGAAACAGACUCUUCAAGUCCUAGGAACGACCAGUUUAAAGCAGUUCUCACUGGGAAAUCAGGAAUAUUAUCUGAUCAUUGGAAGUAAUACAAGCAGUUCUCAGGUUUUUAAAUGGAACAAUGGUAUAUUUGUACAAUACCAAAAUCUUCCAAGCCCUGGUGUUACAGGUCUAACAGUUUUCACUCGUGGGGAAGCUGUCUACAUGGUGGUGUCCCGUGGAGGCUCUGACCAGAAUUCUUUGAUGUUCUUAUGGUCUGAUAAUCAGUUUGGAAAUCCACAAGAUGUGCCAAUUACUGGAACUAUGGAUGUGCAAUCUCUAGCUUUUGGUGGAGACAUCUACAUUGUAUUUCUACAAGAAACAGAUUUUAUUCAUAUUUUCCUGUGGGAAUCAGGACAGACACUCAUUAAAAAACUGCAAGUUAUUUCAUUUAAAGCUGCGCACACAAUUCAUACAUUUGUCCCGUCAUCCGGCCUUGCUCACCUUUUAAUUGCUGGUGGAAAUAUAUCUGAAUUGUAUCUCUUGAACUCUGAAAGGGGACAGUUUUCGCCAUUACUGGUUGCUCCACCCUCUAAACAGUUGAUCUCCUCUACUGUCCUCUCCUUAAAUGUGUCCAGAACCAUCAUAUCCUUGGCUGGAGAUUACCACACACAGAUCUUUGAGCUAACUUCAGUGUCUAAUCAAUCUGAUUUCAUACCAAGUUCAGGUGAGUUGAAGUUUGAGCCUGGUCAGAGUGAAGCCAUAUUCGCAGUUAAUAUCCUUGAUGAUUCAAUCCCGGAGGAGGAUGAAACUUUCAGAGUGAGGCUGAGAAACCCAAAAGGAGGCGCAGAGAUCGGUGUACAUUCCUAUGUCACCAUAAUCAUUCCAGCCAACGACCAUGCCCAUGGAGUUAUUGCUUUUGCUCAGAACUCAUUAAUGAAACAAGCAGAAGAGAUGGAACAGGAUAAUCUCAUCAGCUUUAGCAUUGAGCGUCUCUAUGGAACCUACGGCCGGGUUGUGGUAGAAUGGUUUGCCAAUGGCAGUGUAACUGAUAUAUUUCCUGCAUCAGGAGUGGUUACCUUCUCAGAAGGCCAGGCCCUCACCACAAUCACUAUCACAGUUGUUGCAGAUAAUAUUGCUGAGCUUGCAGAGACUGUCAUGGUUGUCCUUACAAAAGUCACCACUAUAAAUAUUGAGGAUUCCAGUAGAGGCGCUAUACUGGACCCUAAGAGAUCAACAGCUGUGCUGACCAUCCUGCCCAGUGACUCUCCACAUGGAGUGAUCGGCUGGCAUGCCAGUUCAUCUUCUGUUAAAGUGGAAGAACCUGUAGGGAAGACCAUGAUCGUAACCCUGCAAAUUACAAGGGAACAAGGCUUUGUGGGCGACAUUGCCAUUUAUCUUCAGUCCGUACCAAACAUCUCUUUGCCACUCAUAAACAGAGCCACGGAAUACGAAGAUUAUUUCAUAAAAGAUAAAGUCGUGAUUAUAAGAGAAAACAGAGCUUUUGGUCAAGUUAAUAUUACUAUCCUGUCUGAUGAUAUUCCAGAGUUAAACGAAGCUUUUCUCUUAAACAUCACUGAUGUCCAGUUUGUGAACUCAUCCACCUCACGUGGAGUACCUCUUGUCAAGAGGCCAGGGCUAGAAAUCUGUGAAGUAACAAUCCUGGAGAAUGAUGAGCCAAGAGGGAUAUUUCAGUUCAAUGUUACUAAGGGUGUAACUGGAGCUGUGAUAGGUUAUGAGGUCCCUCCUCCGCAAAAUGUUCUCAGACUCCCCGUUGUCAGACAAGCUGGAAAACUUGGCCUUGUGACUGUUUAUUGGGAAGCAAUGCCAAUCACCGCAAGUCAUGAAGAUUUUACACCAACCUCCGGGAAUCUUACAUUUUCUGAUGGACAGUCUGUGGGAGUAAUUGAAAUCUUUAUAUUGGAUGACACCAUUAUUGAGUUCUUGGAAACAUUCAAUGUCUCCUUAAAACAAGUGACAAAUGGUUCCACACUUGGGAAAGAAACUACAGUUAUGGUCAACAUCCCCCCUAAUGACUCUCCAUUAGGAUUGUUUGGCUUUGAGAAAAAAGUUGUACUGGUUUCUGAACCGCAGAGAACAGGAGACCCGGCUGGUGAAGCAUAUUUGAGUGUGGUGCGAAGUCAAGGUGGUCACGGAGCUGUCAAAAUAAUUUGGAUGGUAGAAGAAGCUGCACAAUAUGACCUCAGUCCAUUAAAUGGCACCCUUAUCUUUAAUGAGAGCGAUACCAAAAAAACAUUCACAAUCCAAGCUAUACAGGAUGGCCUACUUGAGGGAGAAGAAAGGUUCACAGUUCAGUUGGUGUCAGCAGAGUAUUCCGUCAUUUCCCCAGUAGAUGGAGCAGCCACUGUUGUUAUUGCUGGAGAUGUUGGAGCUUCUGGUGUGGUUGGGAUAGCACCCUCAUCCCUUCAUGUCCUUAUUGGUGAACCAUCUACAAACUAUAAUGGAACAGCUCAUAUCAGUCUGAUCCGUGGUCCAGGAAUUUUCGGUGACGUAACAGUGUACUGGAACAUAACUCCAGCCCACCCUAAUGACUUUGUAGAGACAUCAGGAAUGUUGACAUUGAAAGACAGGCAGUCUGCUGCCGUAGUCAUUAUACAGGCUCUUGAUGACAUUGCUCCAGAGGAAAAAAGCUACUAUCAGUUUUGUCUAAGUAAAAUCAGUGAAGGAGGAAUAAUAAAUGAAUCAGCUAGAGUUGCCAAUAUCACCAUGGUUUCCAGCGAUCUCCCAUAUGGAAAAUUUCAGUUUUCACAAACACUGCUGCAAAUUUCUGAAGAUGUAAAUGCUACCAUCGCUCGUUCGGGUGGUACAUUUGGAGAGGUCCAGCUCAAAUUUCAAACCAAGAGUGGAUCUGCACAAAGGGAUUUGGAUUACACAGACAUUUCAGGACAAAUCGUGUUUGGACCAUAUGAAACCAUGAAAAGUGUUUCUGUAGAAAUUAAAAAUGAUCUAUUACCAGAAGGACCCGAAGAUUUUUUCAUCAUCAUCACAGAAGUGACCCUUCUUGGAAGAGGCUAUGACCAUACUGUUAGAGAGAACGGACUCCAGAUUGAUGAACUGCCUAUAAUAGGGAACAAUUCGAUGAUCCGAAUCAUUAUUCUUAUUAACGAUAAUGCGGAAGGGAUCAUAGAGUUUGAUCCACAGUUUGUUUCAUUACAAGUGGAAGAAGAUAUAGGAACGUUAUUGAUUCCAGUUUUGAGGUUACAAGGUGCAUAUGGAUAUGUGACAGCUGAUUUCAUCUCUCGGGGUAUUUCCGCUUUGCCCAGUGGUGUUGACUAUGAAAUCUCUAACACUUCAGUAACAUUUCAACAUGGACAAAAUAGGAGCUUUAUCCACAUCUGGAUUACUGAUGAUGAAGAAAGUGAGUUCGCUGAGCAGUUUGAGAUUCGCCUGGUGGGAGCGAGUGGAGGAGCCAUUCUGGGCCAGCACAUUGUGUCAGUGAUUACAAUAGCUAAAAGUGACUCCCCCAAUGGAGCUGUGAGGUUCCUCAACCAAAGUCAGAUAACACUCCCUAACCCGAAUGUGACAGUCACCAUAUCGUUGAUGUUGGAGAGAAUCGGUGGACAUAUAGGAGAAGCUCAGAUUUUGUGGCACAUAUUAGGGCCUAACUCUAAAGCCAUCUUGACCUCAGGUAAUAAUGACUUUGGUGAACCUGUGAAUGGCUCUUUCCAUUACAAUGAUGGAGAAGGAGGACUAAGGAUAAUUACCCUAACUGUUCUGCCUCAUGGAGAAAUUGAAGUCCAAGAAAAGUUCAUUGUUGUAUUACGUGUGGCAAGUGGGACUACCGAGAUUGAUCCAAAAGCUGAAAAUGUGACUCUAACAAUACUGAAAUUUGGAGAUCUAAAUGGAAUUGUACAGUUUGCAGCUGAGUCACUUCUAAAGAAGAACUAUACAGAACCAGAAACCACGGACGGUCCUUUAAAUAUAACUCUCAUUAUAAAAAGAAUUCAAGGGACACUAGGAAUCCUUACGGUUUAUUGGCAGCUGACGAGCGUCUCUGACAUUGAUGGUGACUUCACAGCGACUUCUGGAUGGAUUCUUAUUCCUGAUGGGCAGACCGUUGCAGAGAUAACUCUUCAGCUCCUACCAGAUGAUGUACCGGAGCUAGAGGAGACCUAUAUGGUACAGCUGACCUCCGUAGAUGGAGGGGCAGACUUGGAUAAAGGCAAAAGUGUGGUGUGGUUCACUGUUUUGGCAAAUGACGAUCCUUAUGGUGUUUUCGUUUUGGACCCAACAAGUCAGAGCAUUAUUGUACACAGUGACAUGGGUCGUUAUGUGCAGGUUAAUGUCACGCGGCUUGCUGGAACAUUUGGCAAUGUCACUGUGCAGUAUCAGAUAUCCUUGGGAAAGUUAGAAAAAGUUAAUCUAACAGAAACAAUUGAGGGGAAUGUGCUGAUCCAAGAUGGUGCAAGCUUUGGAGUUGGUACAGUGCCAAUCAGCAGCCAGGUUUUCCUUUCACCUGGCUUUAAUUUUACCCUUGAGUUGACAAAUGUCACACUAAUGGGUGAAAGUAGCUUUGGAAAGCCCCAUAUACAUAAAGAACAGAAGCCAACUCCAGUACCGGUACCAAAUCAUGCUGCCAACUCAGAGAUUGGUUUUGAAUCAGUGGCCUUUCACCUUACAAAUAUCACAUCAGGCAUGGGCCAUGCUGUUAUAUACAGAGAAGGAUCUUAUGGUGCUGUAACUGUAAGUUGGAGAACUGGAUAUCCCACUGGCCUCAUGCCAAAGAACAUCCGUCUUGGUAAACUUACGCCAGAGUCCGGGGUUGUUGUCUUUAAGCAUGGAGAAGACUGGAAAUCAGUUCCUCUGCACUUGGAGGCAAAUACUAGUGGGCCAGAAGGUUUUGCUUUGCAACUAACCGGGUUGAAUAGCAGUGUACCCAGUGGAGCACGUCUGAGACAGGGGUUCACUUUUGCAGAAUUUGAACCAAUGGGAGUUUUCCAGUUUUCUCCUUAUUCAAAGUACAUUGUGGUGCAGGAAGACAACCAUACAGUGUCACUACACGUUCAACGGUUGUAUGGUUUCAGUGGCAACAACACAAGAGUGACUUUUCAGACCAUUGCAGGAAGUGCCAAACCAAAAGAAGAUUAUGUGCCCGUUGAUAAUGGAGAAGUGAUAUUCGAAAAAUAUCAAACAAGUUCUAUGGUACAGGUUUCCAUAAUUGAUGAUAAAGUGUAUGAACCAGAUGAAGUAUUUUACGUGAACCUAACAUCUGUGGACAAUGUUGAUGCUCACCAUGAGAGACCACGAUUACAUUCUGACUUUAGUCUUUCAACUAUACAAAUUUUAGCAAAUGAUUUAAUGUCUGGGGUCUUAAGCAUUGGACCUGCCGUUACAUAUAUCGAUGAAGAUUCUAAUCAUAGUGCCCUGAAUAUAGUCACCGUUCACGUCAGACGCACCCAUGGAUCUAGUGGGAUUGUUCAAGUCGUGCUUUCAACUUUUGGAGGCCGGAAGGCUCAAAAUGGUUUACAGGGUCUUCCUUUUGAACAAAGCCAUGGAGCCAGAAAUAUUUCAUGGGCUACCGAGGGCUUAGACUUUGAAGAUCAGGCUGUGCUAAUCACAAUGCUGGAUGGACAGAGUGAAACAGAAGUCUCACUCAGGAUUAUAGACGAUGAGGAACCAGAGGGUAUGGAAAUAUUCUAUGUCUUUCUCACAGAGCCCCAAGGAGGAGCUCAUAUAAUGGAGGGGAAAGAUGAAAGUGGAUAUUCAUCAUUUUCAGCCAUUGUUAUUCAAGGAAAUGAUAUACAAAAUGGCAUCUUGGGAUUUUCUAUAGAGUCAAUAGAUGGCCAUGUGCUUGAUGAAGACUCAGUGGAUAGGACAACUCAGUUAAAAGUGUCAAGACAAGAAAACAGGGCAUUUGAAGACGUGAAGAUCUAUUGGCGUGCUACCUUUAAUAAAACUUCAGUUGAACUUUCCAGGGAUGAUGUGAGCUUGGUUAAUGAACUGCAGGCAGUAUCAGGAUACACCAUCUGCACUGCUGGACAAACAGAAUGCUUAAUUACCGUGGCAGUACAAGACGACAAGAUACCUGAAUUUGAGACAUAUUUCUUUAUUGAGCUCUAUGACGUAAGUGCUGGUGCAUUAAUAAAUGGCAGCACUCGAUUUGCCAAAAUAAUAAUCGUGGAAAGUGACUCCCCUCGUGGCCUGAUUUUCUUUGCUGUGGGAUCUCGAGUGGCCGUUGCAGACAAGAAAACAACUGUAAUCAGUCUGCAAAUUUCCAGGCAACCCAGCUCUGUUCAGUCCAUUUCCUUGACAUAUAUUCUAAUGGAACUGAAAAAGUCUGCAGUGGUUGGACAUACAGUGAUUUAUCCGGCUGUUGCAGGACAGGAUUUUUUAAGCUCAGAAGGCAAACUUACCUUUGGACCAGGACAAAAAAAUAUUGUUCUGGAUAUCACCCUAACACCAGAAACUGCAUCACUCAAUCCUUAUCCAAAGCGGUUUCAGGUCCUACUUCUCAAUCCCACAGGAGGUGCCAAAAUAGAUAAGGAAUAUGGGACUGCCAACAUCACCAUCUUGUCAGACUCUUCUUCUCAGUCUACCUGGGGGUUACUUGACCAACUCUAUCAACCCUAUGAUGAAGCUGUUGUAAACAGGGUUCUCCAGACCCUCAACAAUAAGGCAGGUGCUGAAUUCACACAAGAACAACUCGGUGCCACCAUGAAUAUCCUGGAAAAGGUAGCAAGUGAUGGAGAAAUACAAGUUCUAAGUGAAGAGAGCCGCAUUCUGUUUUAUGAUAUACUCUGUAGUCUUGUUCAUCCAGACCGUUCGGACACACGUGGAUAUAGCCCAUUGAUUGAAGUUGCUGAAGAUUAUUCCUUCUCCCUCCUUACUGGAGUCACCUGUGGGUCCCCGAGCAUAAGAGGGAAGACCCAGUUUGACACAUGCCCCUUUAUUUCUAUAAGUGCCUAUCAUUGGUACCCACAGCAAAUCAAUGGACACAAGUUUGAUGGAAAGAAUGAUGAUUCGAUCCGGCUUCCCGAAAGGGUUUUGGCAGUAUUUCCUGGGAACACAACUUCAGAUGAAGGCUGUACAUUCUUACAGUUUAUAGAAUAUAGCAGCCAGCAGUGGUUUCUUACAGGAGGAGAAGAAAGUGCAUUAAAUAACAAGAUUUUAUCAGUGAGUUUGAAGGUUAACAGUUCUCACCGCUUAGCCGAUAGCAAUGAGGUCAUCUAUAGAAUUAAUACAGCUGGUGGGCGCAUCAUUCCACGCAUGUCACUAUGUCUUCUGUGGAACCAGGCGGGAGAAAGGUGGCUGUCAAAUGGACAGCUGUGCAGAGUGGUGGCCGACACGACACAGUAUGUGGAAUGUGCUUGUACUCACAUGUCCUCCUAUGCUGUGCAUGCUCAUACUGACAAGCUCUCCUCCUACAAUGAAGCCUUCUUUUGUGCUGGAUUUAUAUGCAUUUCUGGCUUUACCUUGGCCAUCCUUUCCCAGCUAUUCUGUACAAGGUCUUCCAUGUUUGCAGCUAAACUCCUAACUCAUAUGAUGGUGGCUUGUCUAGGGACACAGGUCUCAUUUCUGGCUUCUGCUUACAUUAGCCCUGAACUCUCCAAUGAAAGUUGUGCAGGUCUAGCAUCUAUCACCCACUAUUUCUACCUCUGUCAGUUCAUGUGGAUGCUUAUACAGGCAGUCAAUUUCUGGUAUGUUCUGGUGAUGAACGAUGAGCACGCAGACCGUCGGCAUUUGAUCUUCUUUGUGGUGGGAUGGGGACUUCCUGCAGUUGUUGUUGUCCUGCACCUGGUCAUUCUUAAAAGUAUCUACCAUAAGAACAUAAUCGAGAUUUAUGGUUUGGUCCAUGGAGACAUGUGUUUUAUUCCGAAUGUCUAUGCAGCUCUCUUUACAGCUGCCCUUGUGCCAUUAGUUUGUCUUGUGGUUGUACUUGUAGUUUUCAUCCAUGCGUACCAAGUCACACAGCAAUGGAAAGCAUACGAUGACGUGUUUAGAGGCAGACCCAAUGCUACAGAGAUCCCACUGAUUUUGUAUCUUUUUGCUCUUAUAUCGGUGACAUGGCUUUGGGGAGGAUUACAUGUAGCCCACAGACACCUCUGGAUGUUGGUUCUCUUCAUCAUUUUUAAUAGUUUACAGGGUCUUUACGCCUUUGUGGUUUACUUCAUUAUGCACAAUCAGCUAUGCUGUCCGGUUAAAGCCAGCUACAGUAUAGAGAUGGAUGGACAUAGAAGCCCGGCCUCUGCUUUCUUCACACCAAGCAGUGGGAUGCCACCUGCCGGGGCGGAGAUCAGCAAGUCCACUCAGAAUCUUAUCAGUGCUAUGGAAGAGAUUUCAACAGAAUGGGACAGAUCUGGCACCCAAGAGAAGCAAAGCCCCCAGAAUGGUGCAGCCUAUACCCCAUCUGGAGGGUACAGCAAUGGGUCACUGGUCGCUGAUGAAGAACUACAGGAAUUUGAUGACUUAAUAUUUGUAUUAAAAGCUGGGUCUGGGCUGAACAUCAGCGAUACUGAAUCAUGCCACGGCAGUCAAGAUGGAGGUAGCAUGGCCAACUCACAAAUUGUGGAGCUCCGGAGAAUUCCUAUAGCUGACACUCAUUUAUGAAUAAUUUUGAUGGAAAUAUGAAUAAUUUUGAAUUCUUCAUUUUGCACUAAACUGUAAUGUGCCCCAAUGUAAAUUAAUACCGGAUAACAGCUAAUUAUGAGGACUUAUUGAGGAUAUUGAUGAAACUUGACUUCAAAUAAAACUAAAAGGACAGUGACGAAAAUCUUUUUUUA